AUGGUUGAUAAUAACUCAGAUGUCGCUACGGCUAAACAGAACCAAGAAGUAAAACUUCCUACUGAAGUUUCUAUUUCUAAUGGAAAACAUAAGCUUACUUCUAGAUGGUGCCUUUGGUACCUUAAAGGUGAUAGAAAUAAGGAGUGGGAAGAUUGUCUUAAGAUGGUUUCAACUUUUGAUACUGUUGAAGACUUUUGGGCACUUUAUCAUCACAUUCAGUUAGCAAGUGGUUUAAACUGGGGCAGUGAUUACUAUCUUUUUAAAGAAGGCAUUAAACCAAUGUGGGAAGAUGCUAAUAAUGUUAAAGGUGGACGUUGGUUAGUUGUUGUUGAUAAAAGUAAACGAGCAGCUAAGCUUGAUCAUUAUUGGAUUGAAUUAAUGAUGGCAAUCAUUGGAGAACAAUUUGAAAAUUACGGGCCUUAUAUUUGUGGUGCUGUUGUUAAUAUUAGACAAAAGGGUGAUAAAGUCUCUCUUUGGACUCGUGAUGCUUCUCGUGAUGAUAUAAACUUACGUAUUGGACAAAUUUUGAAGGAAAAACUCGAAAUUCCUGACAAUGAAUCGAUAAGAUAUGAAGUUCACAAGGACUCAUCUAAUAAGACUGGUUCAAUGGUAAAACCAAGAAUUGUCCUUCCUGAAAAAUUAUCAUCACGUCAAGAUUCCAAAAACUAA